AUGAGAGAAAUAAUCAGCGUGCAUGUUGGUCAGUGUGGUAAUUCAAUCGGAUACAAGUUUUGGGAAGUGAUCGUAGCCGAGCAUGGAAUUAACGUGGAAGGGUUACACUGCGGUGAAGAUCCUUGUCAGCUGAAAGGAAUUAACGUUUAUUUUCGCGAAGUAGAUAAUUCUCGAUAUGUGCCAAGAACAAUAUUGGCGGAUUUGGAAUCCGGAGUGUUUGAUUCGAUUAGAGAAAAAGAAUUUGGAAAACUUUUCGAACCGGAUAGUUUCGUCGCUGGGUCAUCAGGGGCUGGAAAGAAUUGGGCCAAAGGGUACUUCAGCGAAGGCUUGGAACUCUCGUCUAGGAUUUUAGAACGUAUCAGAAAAGAAGCCGAGGACUGCGAUUGUUUGCAAGGGUUCCAGAUUGUGCACUCUAUCGGUGGAGGUACCGGAUCCGGUUUAGGGUGCUUGAUGAUAGAACGUAUUCGCGAUAUGUACCCUGACCCGAUAAUUAGUACGCAUACAGUGAUACCUUCGCCUAAAAAUCAAUCUUUGAGAAUAUUCCAGGUAUCUGAUGUGAUAGUCGAACCCUACAACGCUGUUUUAUCAACCAACACAUUGGUAGAAUUCACCGAUACCUGUUUCACGAUCGACAACGAAGCCCUGUACAACAUCGGUAUGUUCGCUUUGAAGAAAAAACAACCAGUUUAUGGCGAACUGAACCACGUCGUAGCGAAUACCAUGUCCGGUAUCACUGCAGCUUUCCGAUUUCCUGGUCAGUUGAACGGUGAUCUUCGAAAACUAGCAGUGAAUCUGGUACCUUUUCCCAGACUGCACUUCUUGAUUCCUUCUUUCGCACCGCUCACGAGUAGUGCCACUGUUAGCGAUUUAAUCGUGCAGAUUUUCGAUCCGAAAAACAUGAUGGCCGAUAUUGAUCCCAGGAAGGGGAAGUUUUUCGCUGUUGGGGCCAUUUUCCGUGGUAAAGUUUCCGCUAAACAAGUCGAGCAACAAAUUGUACAGUUGAGGCAUAAAAACGAAUCGUAUUUUACCGAUUGGAUUCCGGAUGGGAUUAAGACAACGGUAUGCGAUAUCUCACCUUUGGGAUUCCAUAAAACAGCGACAGGAAUUAUGAAUACGAGCGCCAUACAAGAAAUAUUCAAACGUAUCGUUAAUCAAUUUUCCAUAAUGUUCGAACGUAAAGCCUUCUUGCAUUGGUUCCAAGGUGAAGGCGUAGACGAGGAAGAUUUCACUAUCUCUGAAUUUAAUAUGAAUAACCUUUGCGACGAGUAUCAUAUUUACGAAGAAGCCGAAAUAGAAUCCGGAGAUGAUGAGGAUACAGGUUCCACUGUUUCUUAGUAUUCAAUAAGCUUACCUAAAUGUACAGUACCUAUUGCAAUUUAUUAUAAUAAAAUU